CACACACACACACACACACGUGCGCUCUCUCUCUCCUCAGUUAUUCUCUCAGGAUCAGUCUAUACCUCACUCUGUGUUACCAGUGUGGGUGCAGGAUUGAGUGCAGAGAAAGUGUGCAGUUCUCCUCCUCCUCUCUCUCCAUUUGUUUACUCUGUAUGUCCCACACACACUCCUAACUGGUUUUUACUUCACAGCUGCUGCAGCAGUAGAAUGUGUGGAGCAGUGGACUGUCUCUAUCCGGGCUGCGUGAAGAACACGUUCAAUAUGCUGCACGAGGCUGCAAACUGAUUCUCCAAAGGGAAAAAAAAAAAACAAGAGGAACACAGGCUCCAGAAUUAUUCAGUCAUGGCAUAUAAAAGCAGAGGGUUGGUUUGCAUCCGAGACACACAGCAGAUGUCCAAAUUCACAGCGGACCAUGAGUUUGCAGCAUGACGAGUGUAAGCAGACGAAAGAAAGCAAUGUGUGUGUGUUAGGUCACACCUCCCUCUCUCUCCUGCGCCUUUCUUUUCUUCAUGAGGACAGAGAGAUGACCAUGCGAGGCCACUGGUCCUCCAACACCCUGGCUGUCAUCUUCCUCCUGCUCUCCACUGCAGCUCUUUCAGCACACUUCAGAGUUUGCGAACCCUACUCUGACCACAAAGGGCGCUAUCACUUCGGCUUUCACUGCCCUCGCCUCUCUGACAACAAGACCUACAUGUUCUGCUGUCACCACAACAACACAGCCUUCAAGUACUGCUGCAACGAGACCGAGUUCCAGGGCAUCAUGCAGCUCAACCUCACCACCACCUCAGAUGGUUUCGCUCACAAUAAUUACACCGCUCUCGUUGGUGUGUGGGUUUAUGGUUUCUUCGUCAUGAUUCUGCUGGCUUUGGACUUCUUAUACUAUUCAGCCAUGAACUAUGAGGUGUGUCGUGUCUAUCUGGAGAAGUGGGGACUGGGCGGUCGAUGGCUGAAACAGGCCAGGAGCCAGUGGCACAGUGCCACCAUAGCACAGGAGGGAGAUCCGAGCUCAGGGACAAGUAUGAGCCAAGGCCCUCACCAACAACAUCAUCCCAGACAGAGUUUAAGAGGAGAGGUGGAGAGUCCUACCCUCCUGACCUUCCAGACCUCCACAGCAUGAUACUUGAAGCUUGACUCAUUAGGAUGUACUGUGCUUUUAAGGGCAGGAGAAGCCAAGGAGAAAUAGCCACAGAAAGCUCACUGACUUUUCACAGAGUGACUCUCUGGGUUUGUCUCCCUAUUUGUGAUGUGGAUUUUUUUUUUUUUUUGCUCCACUGUGAUGUUCAGUGAGGAAACCUACUUAACAUAGUUGUCUGAUCACCUGAUCCCUAUCUGCGCUACAGGAGAAGCACUAUCUCUGACCAUUCAACUGCAAAGCAUCCUGAUGUAAAUGGCUGCCUGCGUCAAGAGAAAAGUGUGUUCUCUUAUACUACUCACAGCACAAGGUGAGAUGGACAUCAGAUUUUUCAGACUGCAGUAAACACAAGGCAAACUCUAGAUACUGAAUGUUCCCUUAUACAUCUCAGCAGGAAAAGCAGAGGAUAUUUUAUUUAUUCAACGAUUGUACUGGUUCUGUAGUGCUUUUUAAGUUAAAGGAAUUUGGCUAGAAAUGAAAAUGAAAUUCAAGACUUAACGAAAAACAAAACAAACCAAAAAUAAAAGCAUAUUGAUUAUCUGAGAUAAACCUUUUUUCACAGACAACCAAAAUAAUAAAUACAUGGGUUUGAAAAAUGUCAAAACUGAAAGUUUGUAUAUGAUCAGUAUCCACGCGUUAAUAUCACUUGUUGACAGUGAUAUGUGUACUCUUGCAAUAGUACUUCUGAACUACUGAAGUUGAGAAUGUCAGAUAAAGCAAUAUGUCAUGCUAGAAAAUCAUGAAGACGUACGGUGGAUUUCACGUGUGUGAUUGUUCCUAAUGAAUUACUUGAUUAUGUGGUACUAUUGCCUCAUAGAGCUUUUUUUUCUUUAGGCUGGCCUCAUGGUGCAUUUACAUUGUCGUGAAAUGAAACAGCUGAUUUGGAGCUCUCUGGAGUAAAUCUAUAGUAUCUGCAUCUGUGCUUUUUUUUUUUUCAACACAUAUCCAUAUAAGACAGAAUGAAGAAUACGAGUAGCAAGAAAAGCUGAUACAGUUAUUAUUAUCUCUUCCCUCUUGUGCUAGCAUCUGAAACUGAUCUAAGAGAUUAUGUUAUCUGUGGCCAUGACAUGAACCCUUGCUUUGGCAGCAAUGUGAAUGCACCUUUGGUAGAAAUCCUGCCGGUAGCUUUAUUUCCCAUGUGGAAAACGUGCACUGACUUCAGGUGAGUUAAUAGGAAUAGUCAAAGCGAGUAGUUAGUCAACCUGCAAUAAAGCACAGUAUUGUGUUGCAUUACAUUGUGAUAGAAAGAAACCUUUUUGUGAUGUUGUUAUCAGUGUUUUAGGUGACUCUAAAUUCUCCUCCUAGCAGCCAGAGACAUACUCGGUGGUACAGUAAUGAGUACUGAUGAUGGUGAUAAGUUGCCUUACUGUAAAACUAUUGUACACCUAGCACCAGUUUUGAUGUGGGUUUUACGACUGUAUGAAGUGUUUGGAUGCAGUUUUGUUGUAAUUGCACUUGUUAACUUUUUACUGUCACAAGCUGAAAAAAAUAAAGAUCUAUCUUUUGCAGUGUGUUCAA